CUUUUAAUUUUUUUUCCUCUUUUUUUUUUCUUCUGUGUAAUCUCCUUUUUUUAAGAUAAUUAAAUGAUAUAUUUCUCUCUUUAUUAGCAAAACGCCAAAAAAAAAACUAAAAAUGGUUAUUACGUACAAAACGCCAAAAAUAACAAAAAAUAUUUUUCCUGCUUAAUAUUUUAUUUACUCCGUUAUCGUAUUUUGUCAUCUUGAUCUGCAUAACGCCAUUUAAAAAAACGCCAAACUUAGAAGAUGGGACGUCUAUCACCUGGCAACAAUCGUUUCUUGGAGAUACACUCUGGGAAUCAGGCGGUACGUCCUCCGUUUUGACAACAGAAGGAGGGUGUAUUUAAGAUGGUCAGGGCAAUUCUGAAGAUGGAAGAAGAGAUACAGAGGGCAAUCUUAUCCCUUGGCAUCGCUCUAGACAACGAAUGCCAUGAAACACAUAUGCUUAUGAAAGCAUUAACUAGGAAAUUUGGUCCAAUCAAAGCAGAUGUGAAGCCGGACCCUGUCAUGACAUCAUGGCGUUUUGAUAAUGAAACAGAUAUGGUGACCGUUGCAUACGACAGCGGAGAACAGGAAGUCUACUGGCUAGAAAACAUCAUGACAAAGCAGCGUAUUGGUUUCGUGGAAGAAUUGCAUAACGCCACUUGUACCAACACAGAAAUAGACUCAAAAUUGGAGUUAAUGCAAGACAUGUUUAAGUGGAGGCUUCAGAAUCUUCAGGAACAAGAAGCUGAUGAAGGUGAAGGUGAUGACAUGGAUGAAGAUCCAGAUGAAAACUCCGAGGAGGAAGAAGAUGACGCAAGUGAUGGAUACUAUUCGGAUAAAGUACCUUCUGAAGAAGGCUUUUAAUUUUUUUCCUCUUUUUUUUCUUCUGUGUAAUCUCCUUUUUUUUAAGAUAAUUAAAUGAUAUAUUUCUCUCUUUAUUAGCAAAACGCCAAAAAAAAAAAAAUACUAAAAAUGGUUAUUACGUACAAAACGCCAAAAAUAACAAAAAUUAUUUUUCCUGCUUAAUAUUUUAUUUACUCCGUUAUCGUAUUUUGUCUUCUUGAUCUGCAUAACGCCAUUUAAAAAAACGCCAAACUUAGAAGAUGGGACGUCUAUCACCUGUAAAACUGAUAAAAGCUUAUCAACACAAUAAAUACAAAAACAGUAACCGAAAAGACAAUUACUUUAUUACUAUCAUUUUUUACAAUAAAAAAGUCCCGCCUAAACUAUGCGCCAAAAAACUCCUAUAAGACAGGGGUCUAUACACAAAGAAAUUGAUCACACCCAGAAAACACAAACGCCACAUCCUCUAGAAACCACUCACUUUAAAACGCCACAAAUGGCAAAGCUUUCACUGAAAUGGAUUCAUCUUCUGAGGGGGUUAUCUCAAUAAUAUUUUGCUGAAUGAGAUGGACAAAUAUUCAAGAAAAAGAGACUGAUGACAGUGCUAUGUCAUCAUGUGAGCUUUGUUCUUGAUGAAUAUCGGCAUGGAAUAAAGGGAUCAACACAAGUGUAAAAUGCUAUUUUGGACUCCAUUAUUAUAAAUAGCAUCAAGCAAGAGUUGAUCUUCAAUGACAUGCCACCAAACAAAAAUAUCACACCAAAACACAGGAUGCCACUAAGCAGCCUCUUCUGGAAAAUACGGGGUUUAUAUAGGAAAGUUUGCAUCUAGCUAAAAUAUUCAAAAAAGGUUCAAAACGCCAAAACAAAUUCAAGAAGAUAGAGGCUUAUGACAGUGAAGAUUCGGAAGUGAAAUUAGAUUACCAUUUUUUAUUUUUUUAUUUUCAUUUUAUACUGUUUUGAUAUCAAGUUAUAUGUUGUUUUGUUAUCUAAUUCUCUACAAAUAAACUACAUUAUUAUAUAAAGCGCCAAAAACUACAAACACCAAAACGCUAGAAGUAUGAAAACUAGGAGAACAGGUGCUGGCAAAGCACCUUGUAAAACAGGGGCGGACCCACCACCAUGCCAAGAUGGGCAGGCGCACCCCCGGGGAAAAAAAGAAAUAGUGUUAUUAUCCGACCAAAAUCCCGUCCGCACCCCUUGGAUUUUUUCGACCGCACCCCUUGGAUUUAUUCGUCCACACCCCUUGGGAUUUUUUCGUCCGCACACCUUAGGUAAAAAAUAUUAUGGAUUGUAUUAAAAAAGAAUUAGUAAAGUCAAAUUUUUCUUUUAAAAAAACAACCUUAUAUUAUAUAAACUUAUACUACCUAAACCCAAUCCAAAUCCAUUAUAUAAACUUAUCAAUAGCCCAAUAAUAAUCUAGCCCAUUAACCCACCUAAAUUAAAACUAAAACAAUUAAAAUAAGCCCAAAACCCUUCAACUUCAAUUACUCUCCCGCGUCCCUUCUGUGCGUGCGACUGCAUCUUCAUCAGCGUCCAUCGACCAUCACAGCAACAACAUCAGCAGCUGAUAUCAGCCGGAAUCCGACAUCAACGUGACCGGAAUCCGCUCCAAACCAACCGGACACCGACAAACGGAUACCAUGAGUAGGGGCGUUAUGGCGCGAUUUCUCAAGAGGAAGGUGGAUACAUCUUCCGAAUUAGUUGAUGUGGCUACUCUUCCUUCGGAUCCGUAUGAUCGCAAGCCGAUAGAAUCAUAUAACGUGAAUCAACGAGAUGAGAUUAGAAGGGAAUAUUUACUAAGAGGACCAUAUCAACCAAGAGGUAUCGAAUUCCCACAAACAACGUUUCAAGGUGACGAGCUAAGAAAAUUUAAGGAAGAAUGGUAUGACAAACAUGAGUAUAAGGGAUGGUUAGAGUACAGCUCAAAAUCGGAUCGCGUGUUUUGCUUAUGUUGCUAUUUGUUUAGGAUCCAAUUCGGAGAUCAUAGAGACACAUUUAUGUGCGGUGGGUAUAACAAUUGGAAAAAGGUACAUGCGUCACUUAAAAAUCAUGUUGGUUUAGUUAAUAGUCUCCACAACAAAUGUUUCCAAAUGAGUGCUGAUUUAGUUAACGAAAAUCAAGCGGUAUACACACAAUGGGACAAUAGGACCACUAAGGAGAAACGUGAAUACCGACUUAGACUUAGUGCUUCUACUUUGCUUGGGAAAAGGUUGUUGAAUGGCGGAUUGACGUUUCGUGGACAUGAUGAAUCAAAAGAUUCAUUAAAUAAAGGGAAUUUCUUAGAGCUUUUAGAACUCAUGGGUGAAAUGAAUGAAGAGCUUGCUAACGUUAUCUUAGAGAAUGCACCCGCGAAUAACCAAAUGACAAGUCCUAAAAUUCAAGCGGACAUCAGACAUUGUUAUUCUCAAGAGGAAAAUCGCUUACAGAGGUUCAAGUUGCCCGAGCCUAUAGUGUGCGUUGCGUUGGUGGUUUUUUGCAAAUUGAGCUCUUAAGUCGGGUUCAGGUAGAAGCAACAGAUGGAAAAUGCUCUAUAUGUGCCGAGUUUUCUGAAUCGUCCAAUGGCAUGUCGCUGAAAUAUGAUGCUAAGGAAUUUAGACUUGCAAUGAGAAAUGUUUCCAGCGUGAUACUUUGCUUGGUACAUGACUUUCUACAAAUGGUACAUGCGCAUGGUGUUGGGUAGUUUGAGAAGUGUGAUAAACAUGGAACAAUGUGUAUUUCUUUUGUUCUAAUAACUAAAUUUGUUGUAUUACGAAUUUUUUAAGCCUUGAUUUCGUUUGAACUUGAAGCUAUACAUGUAUUAAUAAGUUGGUGAUAUUGAUUUUAAUCUAAGUGUUUAUUUUUA